UGUCCGAGCAAUGUGCAGCGGCCGACGCCUCAAUUUCUCAGGAGUCUCAACUUCUAUGCCUCAGUAAAAAUGCGCUCGCUAACCUAAGCCGAACCCCGAAACCAAAACCCUCGUUGGGGGAGGACGAGAAAGCAGCGAAGCGGACCAAGACUUUGGAAACUGAUCGGCGACGAGAGGAGUGUAGGGCGGCGCGAGCAGAGGGAAGAGAGCGAGAGCAAGGAUGAGUACGGUGGACAAGAUGCUUAUCAAGGGCAUCCGGAGCUUCAGCCCGGAGAACAAGCACGUCAUCACCUUCUUCAAGCCGCUCACCCUCAUCGUCGGCCCAAAUGGGGCCGGCAAGACCACCAUCAUCGAGUGCCUCAAGCUCUCCUGCACCGGCGAGCUGCCCCCCAACUCCCGCUCCGGACACAGCUUCAUCCACGACCCCAAGGUGGCGGGCGAGACUGAGACCAAGGGGCAGAUCAAGCUUCGAUUCAAGACAGCCGCCGCCAAGGACGUUGUUUGUAUCCGCUCCUUCCAGCUCACCCAGAAGACCUCCAAGAUGGAGUUCAAGGCCAUCGAGAGCGUCCUGCAGACCAUCAAUCCUCAUACUGGAGAGAAGGUCUGCCUUAGCUAUCGAUGCGCUGAUAUGGAUAGGGAGAUCCCAGCAUUGAUGGGCGUCUCCAAGGCGGUUCUAGAGAAUGUGAUAUUUGUACACCAGGACGAGUCCAGUUGGCCUCUGCAGGAUCCUUCGACUCUUAAAAAGAAGUUUGAUGACAUAUUCUCUGCCACUCGCUACACCAAGGCUUUAGAGGCAAUAAAGAAACUUCACAAGGAUCAAGCACAGGAGAUAAAAACCUACAAAUUGAAGUUGGAGAACUUACAAACUCUGAAAGAUGCAGCAUAUAAGCUUCGUGAGAAUAUUGCUCAAGAUCAAGAGAAAUCUGAAUCCCUGAAAGCUCAAAUAAAGGAGUUGGAGAGGACUAUUGAAGGUGUUGAGAACAAUAUACUACAUGCUGAAACCACUGUGAAGGAAUUGCGCAAGUUGCAAGAUCAAAUUUCAAUGAAAACUUCUGCUAGAAGCACAUUAUAUAAACUUCAGCAGACACAAUAUGCUGCCCUUGCUGAGGAGAAUGAAGAUACUGAUGAGGAACUGAAAGAAUGGCAAUCAAAAUUUGAGGAAAGAAUCACUUUGCUUGAAACUAAAAUUAAUAAACUGGAAAGGGAGAUGAAUGAUGAAGAGACCAAAAGUUCCUUGCUUUUGCAAACAAUAAAUGACACUACACGUGAGAUAGGAAAACUUCAGGCUGAAGCGGAUGCUCAUAUGUCUUUGCGGCAUGAACGUGAUUUGGCAAUACAGAGGAUAUUCACAAAGUACAAUUUUGGUUCACUUCCUGAUGCUCCUUUUAGCAUUGAUGUUGCUCUGAACCUGACAAACCGAAUGAAGACAAGACUGUCAGAUGUUGAGAUGGAAUUACAAGAGAGAAAGAAUUCAAAUGAGAUGGAGCUUAAAUUUUUGUGGGAUCGUUAUGUUACUGCAAAUGCUCGUUGUAGUGAAGUUGAUAGCCAGAAACAGGCCAAAUAUGAGGCUAAGUCAGGCAUUUUGAGACGAAUGAAAGAGAAAGAGAAUGAACGAGAUCUUGCAGAACGUGAGUUGUCAAGCCUUAAUCUGUCUCACAUAGAUGAACGAGAGAGAAACUUGCAAAUUGAGGUUGAGAGAAAGACUGUUCUACUGGGAGAAAAGGACUACGAAUCCAUCAUCAGUCAAAAGCGCACAGAAAUAUUUAGUUUGGACCAAAAGAUUAAAUCUCUAUAUCGUGAAAAAGAUAUAUUGGCCAGUGACUCAGAGGAUAGGGUUAAGCUGGAUAUGAAGAAAGAAGAGUUUGAGAGUUGCAAGAGGAAACUGAAAAAACUAUUGGAAGAUAACAAGGAAAGAAUCAGAGGUGUGCUGAAAGGAAGAGUUCCUUCUGAUAAGGAUCUCAAAAAGGAGAUAACUAAUGCACUUGGGUCUCUAACGAAAGAGUAUAAUGACUUGAACUCAAAAACUAUGGAAGCAGAAAAAGAGAUGAAACUAUUGCAGAUGAAAAUACAAGAUUCUAAAAGUCACAUUGUGAAGCUUCAAAAGGAUGUGGAUGCAAAGAGGAGGUUUCUUGUCUCAAAGCUCCAGGCUCUUCUCCAAACACCAGGAGAUAUUGAUUCAUUUCCUAAUGUUCUUCUUGAGUCUAUGGAGAAAAGAGACGUGCAGAAGAGCAAAUAUAACAUUGCAGAUGGUAUGCGCCAAAUGUUUGAUCCUUUCGAAAGAGUUGCACGUGCACAUCAUAUCUGCCCAUGUUGUGAACGGCCUUUCUCUCCCUAUGAAGAGGAUGAAUUUGUUAAGAAGCAAAGAGUUAAAAGUGCAAGCUCUGCUGAGCACAUGAAACUAUUGGCUGUUGAGUCUUCAAAUGCUGAUACAAAUUUCCAGCAGUUGGACAAACUCCGAAUGAUUUACGAGGAAUAUGUUAAGCUUAAAAAGGAAACAACACCUUUAGCAGAGAAAAACCUUGAAGAACUGAUGGAAGAUGUCACUCAGAAGUCUCAGGCAUUUGAUGAUCUUGUAGGUGUUCUGGCUCAUGUUAAAGCAGAGAAGGAUGCUAUUGAUGUUUUACUUCAACCAGUAGAGACAAUUAACCGAAUUUGGCAGGAAAUGGAAAAUUUGAAACCUCAAAUUGAAGAUCUAGAAUAUAAGCUAGAUUCUCGAGGGCAAGGUGUCAGAUCUAUGGAGGAAAUUCAGUUACAGAUAAAUUCUUUGCAAAAUAAAAGGGAGUCACUAAGUGCUGACGUAGAGAAUCUGAGAGAAGAACAAAAAUUCCUCAAUUCUGAUUUAUCAAAUAUUCAAAUGAGGUGGCAUGCCCUGAGAGAGGAGAAGCUUAAAGCUUCCAGUAUAUUGCACAAAGUCAAAAAGGCUGAAGAAGAUUUAGUUAUCUUAGUUGAAGAAAAAGAUCAAAUUGAACUUGAUGAGAAGCAUUUGUUAGAAGCCGUUGUUCCAUUGAUGAAGGAAAAAGAGAAGUUAUUGCAGGAUUAUGAAGAUCUCAAAUUGAAACUUGAUCGAGAAUAUGAUGAGCAUGCAGAAAAUAAAAGAGGUUUCCAGCAGGACAUUGAAAUGCUUAUGACACUCAAUAAUCGGAUCAAAGAAUACCUUGACUCAAAGAAAGUUGAGAAAUUAAAGGACUUGCAAGAAAGGCACGGAUUAUCUGAAUCACAACUGCAAAGAUGUGACACAAGGAAGCAGGAAAUUUCAACUGAUUUGAACAAGAGUAAAGAGUUAAUGAGAAAUCAAGAUCAGCUAAAAAGAAACAUUGAUGAUAAUUUGAACUAUAGGAAGACAAAAGCUGAUGUAGAUGAACUUACUCAUGAAAUUGAGAGCCUAGAGGAGAAGGUACUAUCUAUUGGCAGUAUGUCCAGUCUAGAAGCGGAUCUUAAAAAACAUCUGCAGACAAAGGAGAGACUUCUUUCAGAGAUGAACAGGUGUCAUGGAACCCUAUCUGUCUAUCAAAGUAACAUAUCAAAGUACAAGAUCGACCUUAAACAUGCUCAAUACAAUGAUAUUGAUAAGAGAUAUUUCAAUCAGCUGAUUCAACUUAAGACAACGGAAAUGGCAAACAAGGACCUUGACAGAUACUACAACGCACUUGAUAAGGCACUCAUGCGUUUUCAUACAAUGAAAAUGGAGGAAAUAAAUAAGAUCAUAAAAGAAUUAUGGCAGCAAACAUAUAGGGGCCAGGAUAUAGAUUACAUUAGUAUCCACUCUGAUUCGGAAGGUGCUGGGAGUCGGUCAUACAGCUACAGAGUCCUGAUGCAGACUGGUGAAACCGAGCUUGAGAUGAGGGGAAGGUGCAGUGCUGGUCAAAAGGUUCUUGCUUCUCUUAUCAUAAGAUUGGCGCUCGCUGAAACAUUUUGUCUAAAUUGUGGAAUACUUGCACUGGAUGAGCCAACCACCAACUUGGAUGGGCCAAACGCAGAAAGUCUAGCCGCUGCUCUCGUAAGAAUCAUGGAAGAUCGGAAGGGUCAAGAGAACUUUCAGUUGAUAGUCAUUACACAUGAUGAAAGAUUUGCUCAGCUGAUCGGUCAGCGCCAGCAUGCUGAGAAAUAUUAUCGGGUCACAAAGGACGAACAUCAACACAGCAUUAUUGAAGCUCAAGAAAUUUUUGAUUGAUUUUGUUGCGUCAAGAUGGAGAUUAUUGGCUUACAAAAAAUCUCUUAGUUGAAUGUUAUCAGUAGGCCUAUCUCAAAACAAUUUACAGAUCAGCUGAAGUGAAACAAAGACCAGCAUCAAUGCCUUUUUUAUUUGGAUUGGUGGGUUCUGGUUGAGUUUUGUUUAUUGUAUCCAAGAACCUACUGUACAUAAGUAUGUUUUUAAUUAAUCUAGUUUUAAUUGAUACA